AUGGCGAUGCUCUCGACUUCACUCUCUGCCGCCGGCUCCAAAUCCGCAGCCACCCUUUACUCCCCACCUAACUUCUCCGGUCUCCGUCGAUCGUCCUGCCCCACGCUCGACAACCCUUCUUCCAACUCGCUCCACCUCUUCGAUUCUCAGCUCCGCUUGCCUUCGCUUUCAGCUCGUAGACCUUGCAGAGCCGUCGUUGCCAUGGCAGGAACCGGAAAGUUCUUCGUUGGAGGAAACUGGAAGUGUAAUGGAACAAAAGAGUCCAUCACUAAGCUGGUCUCGGACUUGAACGAUGCAAAAUUGGAGUCUGAUGUUGAUGUCGUUGUGGCACCUCCAUUCGUUUACAUCGAUCAGGUGAAGUCUUCAUUGACAGAUAAAAUUGAGAUAUCUGCUCAGAACUCUUGGGUCAGCAAAGGUGGGGCUUUCACGGGAGAAAUCAGUGUGGAGCAGUUGAAAGAUAUCGGGGCGAAGUGGGUUAUUCUUGGGCAUUCUGAGAGGAGACAUGUUAUCGGUGAAGAUGAUCUGUUUAUAGGGAAGAAAGCUGCUUAUGCCUUGAAUGAGGGCCUAGGGGUGAUUGCUUGUAUCGGUGAACUAUUGGAAGAUAGAGAAGCUGGGAAAACUUUUGAUGUUUGUUUCACGCAGUUGAAAGCCUAUGCAGAUGCAGUGCCUAGCUGGGACAAUAUAGUAAUAGCGUAUGAGCCUGUAUGGGCUAUUGGAACUGGCAAAGUCGCCUCACCACAACAGGCUCAAGAAGUUCAUGCUGCUCUCCGUGAUUGGCUUAAAAAGAACGUCUCGGACGAAGUUGCUUCCAAAACCCGUAUUAUUUAUGGAGGAUCUGUAAAUGGUGGCAAUUGCGCCGAGCUUGCAAAACAAGAAGAUAUUGAUGGUUUCCUAGUUGGGGGUGCAUCCUUGAAGGGACCCGAGUUUGCGACAAUCGUGAACUCCGUAACAUCCAAGAAAGUUGCAGCUUGA